UAGUCGCGCGCGGGGGCGGAACGAGACAGUUGCCGGGUCUGUUUGUGGAGGACCGACGCCGUUUGCGAAUUAAACGGCAAAGUUGGGAGCGAAACAAUCGGCUAAGCUAGGCUGGCUAACGCGAAGCUACAGGCAGACUGCCACGAUUCUCCUCACCGGUUUUAUCAACUCGACUAGCCUAGCGAAGACACUUCUCUAGUCGAAUGGAUUAACGUGGAACCCACGCUGCUCCGGAGCCUCCCUAGGUGCCCCCGUUCCGCCACACUGGAGAACGCACCAGGAUGAGGAGACUGUAGGCACCCGCCGUAGUAUGGCCGCGUCCCGUUCCUCGCGCGUCACAAGGUCAUCGGUGGGGCUCAAUGGAUUGGAUGAGAACUUUUGUGGACGCACCCUCAGGAAUCGCAGCAUCGCCCAGCCAGAGGAGACGGCUGUGUCUCCGCUUCCUAGGGCCCGCUCACCUAAGAAGAGGCAGGAGUCUCGGCAGGACUCCAGGCAGGUGUCGAAACAGGACGUCAAGCAGGGGUCCAAGAAGGAGGACAAACAGGAGUCCAAACCAGACCCUAAGAAGGAGAAGACAAAGCAGGAAGCUAAAGAGGACACUGAGAACGAGUCGAUCCAGGACUCUGAUCAGCAGGUCUUGCUGCAGGGACGGUUUAAUGACUCAAAGGACUCAAAUAGUUAUCUGGAAGCCGAGCAGGAGCCGUCGGCAGGACCCCGCAAACGGAGCAGCUCGUGUCUAGAAAAUGAUGUUAGCCCUGAGAAGUCGGAACAUUGUGAUAAAGGGAAUGGGGUGCCGGAUGCCCCUCCUUUAAUCAAAAGGGCCAAGCGGUGUUCCCGCGCCGGGGAAUCUCAGGGACACAAGGAGGACGCAGUGAGCCCUGAGAGUCCUGUCUCAGUUCCAGAGCGUUGCAAGGGCGACACUUGUGAGGACAUUCCCACCCGGAACUCGACCUUAGCUCCUGCCUCACCCGUCCUCGGGGAAGAGGAAGGAGAGCUGGUAAAAGAUGGUCUGAUGAAGUGUGAAGGGGCGCCGCUGUCCCCCGACGCUCACAAGGCCUCGAACGGGCUUGGGGACGUCGCAGCAGAGAAACAUAGCACCCUCGUCGAGGAGUCUCCGAGUCCCGCCUCUGCCACCAGCUGCCUGCCGCUGCUCAACGGCGGCCAGGCUGGGGCACCUCCCUCGCCCCACCCCACGGUGCCUUGUACAAACUCUAGCCCGGUGCCCACGGAGGUCGCUGCCUCAGGGGAGUCAUCUGCGUCGUUCUCGCCAGCCCCUCCAGAGGACCCACUCCCUGAGCUGAUGGUGGCCAGGGAGCAGGAGGUAGAGGACUUGGAGGUGGAUGUGGUGGGUGACCCGCUGUGUCUGGCUGCCGAGGAGCAGGUGAUGGACAGCGAGUGCGAUGCCAAUGGUCGCUUGCUCACGCCUGUUCCGGAUGCUGCUGCUGCCGCCGUCGCUUCGCCUUCCUCCGCCGCCUACAACAACAACUCAGGAGAAACAACGCCCCCGCUGGCACCGACCCCACCGCCCACCAAGCUCGGGUGCACGCCCCUAUCUUUUGCUGAGCUCUAUGAACACAGAUACACCCUGCGGACUUCACCCCGCAAGACGUCCUCCACCAAGACCUGCUCUCCGCCUCGAGACAACGGGCCUCUGAGGGAGGACAGGGAGGCGGUGGAAGGAAUGGACGAGGACUUCCCUCUUCCCUCUGACUCUUUGUGUCCACCCGACAACGAGGAGACCACGUGUGCGGGGCCCAGAGUCGAAAAAGCCUGCGACGACGGUGGCCCCGUGGUGGGAGCGGAUGUCUGCAAGGAAGCAGCGUGCAGUCACACAACGGAGGAGGAGGAAGAGGAGGAGGAGGAGGAGGAAGAGGAGGAGCCAGAUGUGUAUUACUUUGAGUCUGACCACCUGGCUCUGAAACAUAACAAAGAUUACCAGAGGUUGCUGCAGACCAUCGGUGUUCUUGAGGCUCAGCGCACGCAGGCCAUCAUGGACCUGGAGACAUUGGCGCGGCACCAAAGAGAGGCAUUGGCCGACCCCAUCAGCUUUGUGGAGCAGCUGCAGAAGAGGGUAAAUCUGGGUCUGCCGUGCCCCCAACGCGUUGUUCAGCUCCCGGACCUGGCAUGGGAGCAGUACACAUCCGGCCUUGGCAAUUUCCAGAGGGAGUUCUGUGACAAGAAACGCAAAACCAGGCGGCUCAGGCUCAUCUUUGACAAAGGUUUGCCUGACAGACCAAAAAGUCCAGUUGAGCCCAAGAAAGUGUGUGAAACCGGCACCUUUUACUCCUCACUGCCCACUAGUGACGCCCUAGAGAAUGGCAGGCAGACGCAGAUGAUCCGGGGGAGACUCUGUCAAUCCAGCAAGCCCCACACGUUUAACCAGCUGUGGACGGCGGAGGAGCAGAAGAAACUGGAGCAGCUCCUUCUCAAGUUCCCUCCAGAGGAAGUGGAGUCCAAAAGAUGGCAGAAGAUUGCAGACGAGUUGGGCAAUCGGACGGCAAAACAGGUUGCCAGCAGAGUGCAGAAGUACUUCAUCAAACUGACAAAAGCUGGAAUCCCUGUGCCUGGAAGAACCCCCAACCUGUACAUGUACACUAAGAAGGCGUCCAGCAAAAGGCAGCAUCACCUCAACAAGCACCUCUUCAGGCCCUCGACCUUUCUCACCUCUUACGAGCCGCCCGUCUUCAUGGACGAUGACGACGAAGAGCGGGCAGUGUUUUACAGUGCCAUGCACGACCCGACUGCAGAUGACUCGGAUGAGGAUGGUGUCCCCGCGGAGCUGCGUAACCUUCCUGAGUACAAAGAGCUGGUGGAGCUGAAGCGGCUGAAGAAACAAAAGAUUCAGGAGAUCCGCGAGGACAAAGGCGGCGUGCAACACCUGGGAUACAAGUGCGACGUGUGCGGCAUGGAUCCCAUCCAGGGUGUGCGCUGGCACUGUCAGGAUUGUCCACAGGACAACGCUCUGGAUUUCUGCGCCAACUGCUCAGACUGCCUGUUUAAGACUGAGACCCACAAGCCCAACCACCACUUGGACCCCGUGUACCAGCCUGAGACUUUCCUGGACCGUGACUACCGCCUGCCACAGAGCACCAGCUACAACUACCUGGACCCCAACUACUUCCCGGCCAACAGAUGACGGACGAGCGGCAGGCGCCCAUAUCUCCACCACACACACUCUUUCUCUUUUUCUCCUCCUUUCUUUCUCUUUCUCCGGCAUGCAUGGCUCCAUCGCCCAAGCUUUAUGCCGCUGCCAUGUCAGAAUGUCAGCAGGCAGACGGGGGCGAGCAGAGCAAUGCCGCUGCUGCUCGGAGGUGGCCAACUUGGUGGGCCGCCACCUCAGCCAGUUUAAUUCACAAAUCUUUUAAAGACAAAAAAACAAAAAAUGGAGGCAACAUUCCCGCACGUCACAGAGUGGCGGUUUGUCGCGCUGCCGCAUUUCAAACGCCAACACUGUUUUUGUUUUUUUGCCCCCCCCCCCCCCCACCUUUCCCCACUCUCUCAUCCGUCAGUGUUUGCCGCCAUGGACCACGUGAAGUGUUUAUGGUGACCAGUAGUUGGCCCUAGCUGUUGUGUGUGUGUGCCAUUUAAAGCAAAAAGAAAUGGAAAAAAAAAAUGUUUUGUCGGUCAACCUUUGGUUCUAAAGUCCAUGAAAAAAGAUUGUAUUUUUAUUAAUCUAUUUAAAAAAAAAUAAAAAAAUAAAUAAAAAUUUGUGGUGCUCAGUGGCGCCACAAUUUUAUAUACAUGCACAGACACGCGCACAUAGAUUCUGUUUGUGCUCGACUAGACCCCAUUCUCACCUCUCUGACCCCCCGGAACCCCUCCGCUUCAAUAUCUGUGUAUAACAAGUCUGUUCUUAUGUAAAAAAUAAAUAAAUACAAAAAAAAAAUAAUAAUAAUAAUGUACAAAAAAUGCUAGAGGAGAAGCGUGGAAAUAAAAAGUGUGAAAAUA